AUGUUACAAAGCCCAAAAUUCUUGCAAUCCUCCGCUCCUCCUCCAGCACCACCAUCACCCAUUCCACAACUCCAAGUUGUACCCACUUGCUCAUCUUUCCCUUCCAUUAAACAAUGCUGCAAAUUCUCACGUAGAGAGCUCACAAUUGGAAGCAAUUCUCUUAUACUUGCCCUUCUGGCCUCGCAGAGUUUAGAGGCUUUGUUACCGUCCAAAGCACAAGCCGAGAACCUUGUAGACGAUGACACAAACAGAACUGAACAAGAAGCACAAACUUCAAAUGCUACUGCUGCUACAUGCACUGACAGAAGCCCAACAAAGCGUGCAUUUCUCGAUAUAUCCAUUGAUGGAGAGCCUGUUGGUCGCAUAAUAAUUGGGCUACACGAAGACGAUGCCCCUGUUGGAGCUGCGAGAUUUGGCAGUCUUGUGAGUGGAGCAGCUGGGACUAGCUACAGAAGGAAAGAGUUUGUCAAGAUUAUGCCCAACUACGUUCAACAUGGAGGCGUGAGAUCUUUUGGUGUAGAUGCUGAGCUCGCAAAGAAGACAGGAACCAAUUUGGAAGUUGAUAAUCUGACGGAAGAGUGGGAGAGACUGAAUGAAAAGUGUGCAGGGAUCAAGAACAAGGCUGGAACUGUGGGCAUUGUUGUGAGAGAUCCUUCCAGACCACCCCCCAAGAUGAAGCUGGUUGCCCGAAAAGGGAAGUUGGAGAUUGAUCAAGAGGAGGUUGGCACGGCCCCGAAUGGAACAGAGUUUGUGAUCACCACCAAGGAUUCGCCUGAGCUCGAUGCUUCAACAUUGGUGGUUGGAACAGUCCUGGAUGGUAAGGAGGUGGUGGAGAAGAUUGGUGCGGUGAAGACAGUCCAAGAGAAUACCAGUUCACCUUAUUUCAGGGUGGCCAAGCUGAUAGGAGAUAAGAGAGCUGUUGUGGCAGAAAGAGGAUUCAACCGCCCUUACGCAAAGGUGGUUAUCACAAACUGUGGCUUGAUGAAGUAA